AUGAAUUCGGAGCCGGGAUCGAGUUCCAGUGGUUUGCAAAAAGAGUUGCCGUCUCUGGAACAUGUAAGUUAUCGAUUUUUUGCGAUUUCCUAGGUUUUCUAAUGAAAAACGUUAUUUCCAGGAGCCCUCACAGGAGCGAGAACAACCUGAGAGCAGAAGGAUUAAGGCUGAAAAGACUGUAAGUCGAUAGAUUUGUAAACAUUUUGUAAUUUCGUCUAAAAAAUCAAAUUUUCAGGACCGAGAGCGUGUGAUCACUGGGAUCAAGUCGGAAAACACGGUCAGUUUAUUAUUUUCUACACAAAACCCUUUGAAAAUUUUAAUUUCAGAACUCUCAAGUGGCGACCGAGGGAAAAAAGCAACAGCAGGCGGAGUUAGAGUGCCCGAAUGUGGAGACGCUCGUUCUGUUCAACGAGACCUAUUUCGAGAUCAUCGACCAGUCGCUGGCGCUCGUCGAUCAACAGCUGGCGGAUAACCGCGCGAAACAGAAGCAACUUACGGAGGAGUACAGACUGUACUCGCGCGCCGACGUCCAGAAGCGCAAAGUGCCGGUGCAUUUGUACAUGCCGCCCUAUUUCAAAGACGAGAACGGAAUGUGCCCGCCGAUGAGCGCGGAAGCCCGCGAAAAGCAGGAACUCAAGUGGUUCGAUCCGCUGAUGAAGGAGGAGAAGAAGUGGACGGCGCACGAGAUCAAAACGCUGCGCGACGCCGUCAAAGAGGCGAUGAUCGCUCAUCAGAUGCAGCCGCUGUGCUCCCGCAGAGACAUCAUCGUCGGCAAACUUCGAAAUACGGACGUCACGACGACCGGAUGGGAGAGAAGGCAGUGGACGAUGGAGCUGGAGGAUCUCAUGCGCAAAAUCGCGUACAUCAAAGCAAAAACUGAGGAGGAAGUGCUCACGGCUUCGGCCGAUUACUCUGUAGUUCCGUGGAAUGCGGUGGCCAACGUGGAUUUCAAAGGAACGCGUACCGAAUGGGCGGUCAAGUCGAAGUGGAACAACGAGCUGAAUCCAAAGUGGAGCAAAGCGUCGUGGACGACGACAGAAGUGGAACAGCUCCGUGCUCUCCGCGAGUCGCCUAAGUUCGUCUCGUGGCCGCUGCUCGCGUUGACGUUGGGGACGCAAAGGACCGCCUAUCAGUGCAUGGAAAAGUACAAGACGGACGUGGCGCAGCACUCGCGGGAAUGGACGCAGGACGAGGACGCGAAGCUGAUCGCGUUGACCAAGUUGACGUCGAUCAACGGGCACAUUCAGUGGGACAAGGUGGCCCAGUUCAUGCCGGGAAGGACUCGGCAACAGGUCAGAACGAGAUUCUCGCACACUCUCGACGCGAGCGUCAAACAUGGACGAUGGACGGAUCAGGAGGAUAUGGUGGGCUUCAAGGCCUUUUGAUCAGAUCCAUAUUCUCACUUUUCAGCUUCUGAUGUGUGCGGUGUCACGCCACGGCGCAAAAGACUGGGCGAAGGUGGCGCAGGCUGUGCAAAACCGAAACGAUUCGCAAUGCCGAGAGCGUUGGAGUAAUGUGUUGAACCGUUCGGCGCACGUCUCCGAAAGAUUCACGCUUGCCGAGGACGAACAACUUUUGUACGCGGUGAAAGUGUUCGGAAAGGGAAACUGGGCAAAGUGCCAGACUUUGCUGCCGAAGAAGACGUCGCGCCAACUCAGAAGACGCUACAUACAGUUGAUCGCGGCGAAACUGAGACUCGUCGCCGGAUUCUGCAACGCCGUCGACGCGAUGAAGUCGGGACGCAGGGAUCCGGCUGAGGACGAGCUCGACGAGGAGGACGAGUUGGAGUCAGCCAAGAUUCCGAACGAGCUUAUGAUCGAGAUCUACGAGAAGCUGUCGAAGGAGAGGCCGGAUGUGAACGAGACGCCCGAGGAGUUCUUCCGAAGAGUCAACGAGAUCGAGGAGCCGGUGGCGGCGAGGGUGCGAACGCUCAAGAACCGACCCGACUACGAGUUGAUCCGCACGACGAUCAAGAAGAUUGUGUCGAAGAAUCAGGCGAACGGAAGCGACAUCGAUUUGGAGGUGCGCGCGAGCAAAGUGCUCAGUUCGUUGCGAAUCACCGAAGUCGACGUGCGCUACAUGAUCGAACGGAGCAAGACGCUCUCCAGGUACUAUCAGGCUCGUCAGUUCCGUCGCAACGUGGAUCAAAUCGGCUGCCGCGUCCGUCCCGUCUCCAUCGAUAUGGAUGCGUCGAUGCUGCCCAAAUUCGAGCAGGACUGCGGGGAGACGGAGAAGGUGAUGCGGUUGGUCGAGUCGCUGUGCAUUUCCGUCCGAAAACACGAUGUCGUUCAAUGGGGAAAAAAGUUUUGGACCGAUCACAGACACACUGCAGCGAGAGAGGCGAAACGCUUCGUUCAGAUGGUCAGUUGGAUUUGAAUGUGCUAGCACGAACUUCUAAAAUUUCAGAUGAUAAACCAGCGUGCCCCACUCGUAGCCGAAUUUCGUUUGUCCCAGGAUUCUGGCGAAUCUUGCCCCGUAAAAACGACGCUUCCGCCCUCGAUCGCCUCGUUCGAUCUGCUGAAAAUGCUGACAAAGGCGAGGGAGGGACUGCACAAACUCUCCGCCGAACACUUCUUUCCCGUCGAUGUUUCGCUGGAGGAUCAGCCGAAUUUUACAAAUGAAGAGAGGGAGAAGCUGACGGAGACGCGCAGAAUGAACAUUCAGCUCUCCGAGCAGAUCACCAAGGGAACCGAGUUCUCACUCUUUUAUGUGAGUCCCAACCCAUGGUAUAGAGUAUAUUGGAUUUAGGCCGGAAAGCUUGGACUUUUUGCAAUUCCAUUCUUCUCCUUUUCAGGCGCGAAUGCGUGCAAUUCUUCUGGAACCGAUGCGUCUGCAGGUCGCCCUCGAAUCCGCCGACGAAGAACGAGACCGUCUCCGUCAGGAGAUCGAUUCGGAAACGCGGAUUACCGAAGAGGAAGGAGUAGUGGAAGGAGUCCUGCGAAGGCCCGAAAUGCCCGACAUAGCAGCCACUCCGUCCUCGAUUUGCCGCAUUCUUUCGGUUUGUACUUUUUCAGAUGUUUAUAAAAUUCCAAUUUUGCAGGACGGCAUCCACAUCGACACCUCGUUCAUGUUCACCAAUCUUCAGAAGAGCUUGGUCGAAAAGAUUCAGAUGAAGCGAAGAGUUGUCGACGUUAGUUUUUGCUAAAAUCCGCCAAAUUCAAAAUUCCUAAUUUCAGGUCGUUGAAAACGUCGCAAAGCGCGUUCGUCGCUCAUCUCGUCACGUUUCGAUCGAUUCGGAAAGAGACGACGAGCAAAAUUGA